AUGGCAAAUUUGGCGAAUACAUGCAGGUACAUAUUCAGAACGAUGGACCUGUGACCAUUGAACUGGAGUCUCCUACAGCCCCUGUUGACUCUAAACAAUUAGCAAAACUUGAGAAACAACAACAGAGGAAAGAGAAAACCAGAAUGAAAGUCCCUUCUGAAUCAAGCAGAGAACGAAAUCUUCCUAAAAGUAAAAAUGAUCCAAGUGCAAGCAGUGGGGCUGAAGGAGAUGUUUCUUCUGAAAGGGAACCCUAACGUCUCAAAGCCCUUUCAGGAAAGCUCAUAAACACUACUGGUGAUCUUCUGUGCUCAUUAGCUGAGGAUGUUAAAUUUCUAGAUGAAAAAUUAUUUGAUGCAGAAGGAGAAUUUGACUGAACUAAGGAUCUCCAUCAUGGUGUAUUACAAACAACCAAAGGAAUGUUAUCAAUGUCCACCGUUACUAGGUUUUAAAGCAAGUUUCUAUUUGGGUCAUUUCUUAUUUGCAGUAUUUUCAUUGCAGAAGUUAUAUAACUCUCCCUUCCAUAUAGUUAGGUUUUAUAUAACUGUAAAAUGACCACAUUAUUUUACCAGUGCAUAUGGUUCUUGGCAUAAAUGCUCUCAUCAUGACAACAGUCCCCCCCCCUCCCCGCUCUUCCAGUGGGCAUGAGCAAUAUCAACAGUUAGAGAGGACAGCUGGAGGAACAGAAUAGAAAUGCCUCCUGCAUUUUGGAAGCUCAGUACAACUGCAGGUUUUCUCCAUCUCCUGCGCACUCCAUCCCACCCCAAAUAAUCUGAAUCUUCAAAGGAAUCCCCAGGCUAUUUUGUAUUUUCCAAGCUGAUGAAGAGGCAGAGGAUAGUUCCAUCAUUGGUAUUUUGAGCUGUGUGAUGCUUAGAAUGUCUCUUAAAAGUUCAACUCAUUACUUGAAAUUAAACAUCCCUCCCUCAGUAAAGGAUGGGUGAAAUCCUGAUAGAAUCCUUUUCCAGCUGAAAUGUGUGGAUGUUUUUCAUACUGUAAACAUUACUAGUGUAGUGGGACAACUCUACCAAAGUUGUUUUAGAAAUCAGUCCUGUGUGUAGAUAUCUACAGAGCCCUUUCUGACAUUUUUCUGUGAUUCCUUCCCAUACUGCCAGACAAUAUGAGAAGGCCCAUACUGUGUGGGAGAGGGUCUCCUGUAUCUUCUACAUUCCAGACCCUGAAGUGAGGGAUAGUCACAGCAGUAGCUCCUUCUCUGUGCACAAGACUGUUUAUGCUUCCUUGGCUCUACCUGAAGGAGCUGUGCUUCAUUAGCCCUCAUCUCACCAGUGGUAACAUGGAGGCCUCUAUUACUGAUGAGGAAAGUUUGUUGUGCAAGUUGUAGCAGCAUAAAUAUAACAAAUCUUAUGAUCCAUUUCAUUAAAAUACAUUUUCUCUUA